AGCAUUUUGGUUACGUGACCCGAAAAAUGGCAGAGAAACACCUCGGCUGGGGGUUGCCACAGUAACUACCAGGCUGAUGGCAUCCUUGUGAGUGCCAUGAUUGGUGCAAAACCCUGCAGAUCCCAGGAAGGCCCGUAGUGAAUCGACGAAAAUAAGAAUGCAAGACGGCCGUCAGUUGCACCCCAAGAAGCUUGCGCAUAUGGGCGGGGGCCGGACUCCGAGAUUGAAGGCGGGGAGCGUGAGACAGCCAGGAGCGCGCCCUGACCCUCGCAGCCACCGCAAUCUCAGAGUGCAGGACUAGAGGGAGGGUAAAAACGUAGACAAGAAUGGGGGAAGGGCGGGGGGUGGCCCUUGACGGGGCGCGGAGCACCUUGGGAGACGUAGUCCGCCGCGGACGGAGCACAGCGAGCGCUCAUGCUCAAGGAUGCGGCGUGGCCCGCUGAGAGUUGAGGUGAGGGCGAGACCUCUCUCUAGGGAAGGUUCGGUAGGAGCUGGGAAGACAUGAGACUCAGACUACAGCUACAUGGAAGGCCAGGAAGUGCUGGUUCUCCCUGAAGGCAGGCCUCGCGAAUAGCUUCAGUCUCUGCUUCUGGCCACGACCAGGUUCCGGAAGAUCCGCCCUUGGUUGCUGUGGCGGCGCCAGAGCGGCCCGAACCGGAAACUGUAUUCCAAGGCUUCUGGGAAAUGUAUUUCCGGAACUUGAGCCCGGACCCGCCCGCGUCGGGAUGAACCAAAUUCUCUUUGGGUUUCAAGUUCACCUGUAAUCUUACGGACCGCGGUUUUACCCUUGAUAUCAGGCAGCCCUCGAAAUAGAUGACACCCAAGGACGGAUGACUGCUGUGCCAUCCUGUUAAUAAACUCAGAUGUUCACAAAAGCUCUGCUAUGGAGGAGGAGCCAGCCUCAUUUGCAGACGGGGAGACUGCGUUUCAGAGGCACAGCGCCCUGAGCGGGCAGGAUCAGAAUCUUGAACUAUCAUUGCAGGCUUCUGGCCCAGCGGUCUUGGGCCUUCACAUCCUAUUCUUACUUCAGUUUGGGGCCUGAGAAGGACCAUUGUGUGGCAUGAAGAGUUGGUUGGGUGGGAGCACUUGGUAGGGUGGAGCCACACAGGUAUAGACACUGACUUGGCAGACCUGACCUGGUGUUCCUGAUGAGGCUCACCAUGCUAGGACCUCCAGAAGAUAAUGAACCUGUCAUGGUGAAGCUGGAGGAUUCUGAGGAAGAGGAAGAAGCUGCUCUCUGGGAUCUGGAACCUGAGGCUGCACGCCUGCGCUUCCGGGGAUUCUGCUAUGAGGAGGCAGUGGGUCCCCAGGAGACCUUGGUCCAGCUUCGAGAGCUGUGUCACCAGUGGCUGCAGCCAGAAUUGCACUCUAAGGAGCAGAUAAUGGAGCUGCUGGUGCUGGAGCAAUUCCUGGGUGUGCUACCCCCUGAGAUCCAGGCCCAAGUGCAGGAGCGGCAGCCGAGUAGUCCUGGAGAGGCCGCUGACUUGGUUGACAGGCUCCGAUGGGAGCUAGGUGGACCUCGGAGAUGGGUCACAGUCCAGGUGCAAGGCCAGGAGGUCCUGUCAGAGAAGAUGGAGCCUUCCAGCUUCCAGCCUUUACCUCAAACUCCAGACCCUGGACGUGAGACACCUCCUGGGGCUGUGGAGGAAUUGCCACUGGCAUUUCAGGUGAAAGAGGAACCAGAGGUUACAGAAGAGCCAGAGUUGCUGGAGUCUGGGCCUUUACCUGUACCUGCUCUCCUACCUGAGGCCCAGGGAUACGAGACUGCGCUGGAGCUGACCUCUCCCCACAGUGACACCAGGCCUGAGGGGCCCUCAUGGAGGGAGCAGCCUAGGGCCCUGUGGCAUGAGGACUCUGGGGGCCUCUUCUUCCCAGAUUCCGUGGGGCUGGCAGCACUGAGCCCACACCUCCAGCUUCCCUGGGACUUGGGCCGGCCCUCGCGCAACAGCAACCACAGCACAGACGAAGAAGAUCCCCGCCCAGCCACAGGCCUGUGGCACUCAGUCCAGGUCCAAGGCAGGCCUAACUCGGGUACUGGACCAGGCCGGGGUGGUCGCUGCGACAUGUGUGGCAAGGUGUUCAGUCAACGCAGCAACUUGCUGCGGCACCAGAAGAUCCACACAGGCGAGCGCCCUUUUGUGUGCGAUGAGUGUAGCCGCAGCUUCAGCCGCAGCUCGCACCUGCUGCGCCACCAGCUCACCCACUCAAAGGAGAGGCCCUUCGUGUGCUGCGACUGCGGCCAGAGCUUUGCACGCCGCACACAGCUGGAGGAGCACCGGAGCGUGCACACCGGCGAGCAGCCCUUCCGCUGUACCGACUGUGGCCAGCGCUUCCGCCAGCAAGCCAACCUUCUGCAGCACCAACGCAUGCACAGUGACCCCCCAGGCGCGUGCCCCAUGCCUCCUGCCGCUGCUGGCGCACCGGAGCCCCCAGGCCCCUUCCCGUGCAGCGAAUGCGAUGAGAGCUUCACACGCCACACUGUGCUACUAGAACAUCAAGCCGUGCACACCGGGGAUAAGUGCUUUGGCUGUACAGAGUGUGGCGAGCGCUUUGGCCGCCGGGCUGUGCUACUGCAACACCGGCGCGUGCACAGCGGCGAGCGCCCCUUCAUCUGCGCCGACUGCGGGCAGAGCUUCCGUCAGCGUUCCAACCUCACACAGCACCAGCGCAUCCACACAGGCGAACGGCCUUUUGCCUGUGCUGAAUGCGGCAAGGCUUUCCGCCAGCGGCCCACACUCACGCAGCACUUGCGUGUGCAUACAGGCAAGCAGCCCUUCGCCUGCCCAGAUUGUGGCCAGCGGUUCAGUCAGCGGCUCAAGCUCACACACCACCAGCGAACACACAACAGUGAGAAGCCGCACCACUGUGAUGACUGCGGCCUGAGCUUCGCACAGGUGUCGCGGUUCACCGAGCAUCAGCGUGUACACACCGGCGAGCGUCCCUUCACCUGCGCUGACUGUGGCCAGCACUUCCGUCAGCGUGCCAACCUGGCACAGCACCGGUGCAUCCACACAGGUGAGCGGCCUUAUGCCUGCCCUGAGUGCGGCAAGGCCUUCCGCCAGAGGCCCACGCUCACACAGCACAUGCGCACACACCGACGAGAGCGGCCCUUCGCCUGCCAGGACUGUGGUCGCCGCUUCCACUACAGUACCAAACUCCUCCAGCACCAGCGUGUGCACAGUGCAGAGUAGCAGCAUAGCGCAGACUGGGCCUUGCAGGCGCUCAAUAAAUGGUGGACAGAGA